GGGCAUCAUUCGUCGCGAACUGUUCGAGAACCGCAGAUCAAAACACCAAACAACAAUCACCAUGAAAUUCCUGAUUGUCUUCGUCGCCCUCUUCGCCGUGGCUCUGGCUGCUCCUGCCGCUGAGGAACCCACAAUCGUGCGCUCUGAAUCCGACGUUGGACCCGAAAGCUUCAAAUACGACUGGGAAACCUCCGAUGGACAGGCUGCUCAAGCUGUAGGUCAGCUGAACGACAUUGGAACUGAGAACGAGGCUAUCUCUGUGAGUGGAUCCUACCGCUUCAUUGCUGAUGAUGGCCAGACCUACCAAGUCAACUACAUCGCCGAUAAGAACGGAUUCCAGCCCCAGGGUGCUCAUCUGCCCGUUGCCCCCGUGGCCUAAGUGAAAUUGCUUUGACCUUUAGCAAUUUUAAAGCCAUACUAUCCAACUCCUUGUUAAUAGCCCCAAACAUUACCAAACCAAUCCUAUCCCUGUUUUCAAAGGAUGGGAACUAAGUCAACCAGCACCACUUGUUAAAUAUUAAAGGAAUUUAAUUACCUGAACUU